AUGCCGCAUGCGCAUCCACCAGAACAUCGCUCAUUGCCAGCGGAGAAUCGACGCGGACACUUUUUUGGCGUCAUGGUAAUCCCUCGCAUUGCAUGCACUACGAAACAUUCGUUGGAGAGAUUCCGCGAGUCGAUAACAGGGCUAGUCAUGGCUGACCAAAUUACAACACUGUUUGAAAGUGAUGCGAAGGGAUCACCAAGAUUGGCAAUCGCCAUUGCGGCAUUUGCUUCCCGCAAGCAGGGCGCCUUUACAGCUGAAAAUGCCGUGUUGGAGCUAAAUGAGCAGCAACUGGGGAAUGCCGCCGCCGGCUUUCCGCUCAUUGUGAAAUCAAUGCCCAAGGAUUGGACCGAUUCGGUGCUGCAUUCAAAGUUUGCGACAUCCGCUAUCAGGUCCGCACGUAUCAAACCCACUGGGUUCCGUGUUCAUGACAUCCUUGGGGGAAUUAUUCUGUUCGAAACGGAGUUGGAUGCUCGCAACGCUCAAUACAUACUAGCAGCGACGUUGGCCUCAAUUCAACUUGAAGGGCUUGAUUACUUCUCAUUGGAGGAAAAAGUACUACGGACUUCUCUGCGCUACACAGCAGGCGGCGUUAUAGACGCAUUGAAGGGGGGGAACACUGGUAAUGGGAAGAAAAAAAAUGCUAACAUUAGGACCUACGUUAGGACCUCAGACUCCGACGCACUGAUCAUGAGCUUACAAGAAACAAUGGAGCAGACCAUUCUAGAGACAAAGGUGGCUUUUUCAGCUGCUCAUUAUCCAAUUGGGAAGAUCCUUGUGCUUGAAUCAAGGCUUGCGGGUCAAUUUGGAUCUCUGCGAAAGUCUAUGAGGGAUUUGAAGGAAUUAUUGGCGGAUAUUCAAGACUCGGACUCGGAAGGAUCAUCUGAGUAG